AAUAUGGCCCUUCUUUUCGAUUGUAAUGGCACUGGCUGUGUUCUUCUCUUUAAUAUAUUCAUUUUUCUAACCAAAAAAAAAAACAUUAUUUAUAAGUUGUGACGAGAAAAAUUGGAGGCAAAAAUAAGAUUUCAUUCAAUUUUUCACUCCAAGUCCAACACUGCACAAAGGACGGGUCUUUUUUCACGAUCUUUUUCCCUCUCUAGGGUUUUGAAACGGGUCUCUUCGUCUUCCCCAAUUUUACGACCCCCAAUUCCAAAACGGCCCACAAAACCCACAACAAUGGCGUUCUCGUCAUUAUUCUCCACGGCGCAGCCCCAACAGCAGCAGCAGCAAUCGCUGUUUCAAACUCAACAGGCCUCGCAGCCUUUUCAGCAAAGCAGCUCCUUUUUCUCCCAACAACCACUGCAGCAGCAGCCGCCGCUGUUCCCACAGCCGCAAUUUCAGCAGCAGCAACAACAGCAGCAGCCACUGUUUCAACAGCCUCAAUUUCAGCAGCAGCAGCAAUUGUACUUGUUUACGAACGAGAAGACUCCGGCGAGUUAUGGUACCAAGUGGGCGGAUCUCCAUCCGGAUUCCCAGAAAGUUCUUCUGCAAAUUGAGGAACGGAUACUGGGAUACAGGGAUGAAAGCCUGCGGCUGGAUCAGUGUAGUCGCCUCUACGAUUCAUCAGUUUCGAAUGAUGCUUUUGAGCAUGACGCAAGUCGUAUUCUCCAGGAACUUGGGGGUAUUGGUACUUCCAUGGACCGAGAGAAAGCUGUUCUGCACGAGCUGAUGGCUAUUGUGAAAGAUAUGUUGCGGAACAGCGAGGUUGCUGUUCGUUCUUUCAUGAUUCUACGCCCAAGGUUUCUUCAUCCAAAUGCAGGAGGUACUUCAAAUGCUACUGCCCCAUCACAAGCUCCUGGAGCAACAGUACCACCAGGUUCAAGUAGUCAACCAACAACUACUUCUAUAGUGCCAGUUUUUGAUUUUUACAACGGGAUUCCAAGGAAACCAUCCCCCUUCCUACAGCAAACAAUUGCAAGAUUUGAGAAGUAUCUUGUUGAGUGUAGCCAGUGGAUUGAAGAAUUAGAGCAGCUGCUUCUGGACUCAGAGAGGAACUCUGCCAAUGAUAGAUCCUCAUUGUUGCAGUCUCUUCCAAAUGUUAUGAAAAAUGUGCAUGAUUUUUUUGUUCACGUGGCAGCUAAGGUGGAGAGUAUUCAUCAAUACGUUGUGUCCAUGAAAACAGCUUAUCUUGUUAACCAGCGCCGCCAAGGGGAUGGGAAUGAUCCAUUUCUCGAGGCUGAUCGGCGGGAAACUGCUAGGCAAGAAGCUGCUGCUAAGAGGGCGCAUCCAACUUUGCAUUUAUCUGCAACUUCGCAACCAUCAACCCAAGUUGCUGGGUUGUUUGCCAGUUCAGGAACUCCUGGGACAUCGACUGCCCCACAGACAUCUGCGGCUACCAUUACAGCUUCAUCUGGGAGUGGACUUUUCAGUACCCCUUCUGCUCCAUCUGCUUCCACGUCUUCCUCUCUGUUUGCUACACCACCCACUUCGGGUCCUACAUCUUCUCUUUUUUCAACACCGUCUGCUACACCCCAGGCAUCACUGUUUAGUUCUUCAUCAGCGUUUGGACCUGCUUCAACUCCCUCUCUGUUUUCCAAUCCUACUCCAGGCUUCAGUUCUACUACUCCUAUUGGAAGUUCAUUAUUUACUUCAGGUAGUGCUGGAUCAGGGCUGAAUUCUAGCUUUACUUCAACGAAAUCAGCACGGCCGAGAAGUCGGACUGGUGGCCGCCGUUAGCCACAGCUGUUUCAGGGUCAUGAAAUCUGGAGGAAAGCAGCCAAUUAUUUGUAUUUUAAGUGUCGACAAUUGUUCUCUUUGCGCAAUGCGCGACUUGCAUGCGGCUUCUUUUGCUGUGGAGUUCAUGGAUGUCGAUAAUUUUCACUGAAUCCACGUCCUAAGAGAAUCAAAAUUUCGUUUGAAAUACUGCUCCGGCAUGUCAUCUGCAUACUCGGCUCCUUGCUGCAAUUGUCUUCUCCUGUUGGAAGCUGACAGGCCCUCGCUGUUUUGUGAUGUUGCAACGUGAGGUUAGAACAUCUGUCCGGCUCACUGUAAAAUUUAGGGUAGAAUAUUGUUUCCGUUUUUUCGUAAAUGUGUUGACAAGAAAAUUGCAGAGUCAAAUCCUUCGUUAUUGCGAGAGACAUUGUUUACUUGUGGUGUCAAAUGAACACACUCGAUUGCCCGAACUCAUGAGUGAUCAAGUUGAUAUGACCCCCAUUGUUCGACAAUUUUUACCAUUAUGUAUUUGUAUCUUGUAUUGUC